AAUAAUAAUUAUAUGAUAUGAAAUGAUAUGCUUUGCUUUCUUCGUCGGGCAUUAGCAGCUUAAUCUGCUUCAUCUUCGCAUUCGACCGUUUCCUGUUAUCUCUCUCUGUCUUUACGUUUACUUUAAUAGACUUUAAUCUCAUUCAUUCAUCUCUCAACGCAUCGAAACAUCUCAUUGAGGAAUGGUGAAUGACUGAAGCUAAAAGUGAAGUUCUCGUGACAUGAAAUGGUAGUGGGAGUUGGUAUUUAGAUAGAGGAAUCGCGAUCUGGGACUGGGUAGGUUUAAAGAUUCGAGCUUGGAACUUCGAACAAGAUGGGUUUUUUUGGCACUAUAUUGGGGUUUUUCGGAUUUGGUGUUGGGAUCACCAUUGGUCUUGUAGCUGGCUAUUUUCUCUUCAUUUACUUUCAACCCACUGAUGUUAAGGAUCCUGAAAUCAAGCCAUUGGUGGAGCAAGACGCAGAAACCUUGCAGAAAAUGUUUCCUGAGAUUCCACUUUGGAUUAAAAAUCCAGACUUUGAUAGGAUUGAUUGGCUGAACAAGUUUAUUGAAUACAUGUGGCCUUACCUUGACAAGGCAAUUUGCAAGACUGCGAAGAAUAUUGCAAAGCCCAUAAUUGCUGAGCAGAUUCCGAAAUACAAAAUUGAUUCUGUUGAGUUUGAAACUCUAACACUGGGAUGCCUGCCCCCAACUUUUCAAGGAAUGAAAGUUUAUGUGACUGAUGAGAAGGAGUUGAUUAUGGAGCCUUCCAUAAAGUGGGCUGGAAAUCCUAAUGUCACAAUUGGUGUAAAGGCAUUUGGAUUCAAAGCAACCAUUCAGGUUGUUGAUUUGCAAGUAUUUCUCAUACCUCGAAUUACUUUGAAACCAUUGGUUCCAAGCUUUCCUUGCUUUGCCAACAUACAUGUCUCUCUCAUGGAAAAGCCACAUGUUGACUUUGGGCUAAAGCUUUUGGGGGCUGAUCUUAUGUCCAUUCCUGGUGCCUAUAGGCUUGUUCAGGAGAUUAUCAAAGAUCAAGUUGCAAAUAUGUAUCUGUGGCCCAAAACCCUUGAUGUUCAAGUAUUAGAUCCAUCAAAAGCCAUGAGGAGACCUGUUGGGAUUUUACAUGUAAAGGUUGUGAGAGCAAUCAAGUUAAGGAAGAAAGAUCUUCUUGGUGCAUCUGACCCUUAUGUGAAGCUAAAGAUCACUGAUGAUAAGGCGCCGUCGAAAAAGACUACUGUGAAGCACAAGAACUUGAAUCCUGAAUGGAACGAAGAUUUUAAUAUUACUGUUAAAGAUCCUGAGACCCAGGUUCUGGAAGUUGAUGUUUUUGAUUGGGAGCAGGUUGGGAAACAUGACAAGAUGGGUAUCAAUGUGAUCCCUUUAAAAGAACUUUCCCCUGAAGAGCCAAAAGAAUUCACUCUUGACCUCCUAAAAACUUUGGAUCCGAACGACGUUCAGAAUGAGAAAUCACGUGGGCAGAUUGUUUUGGAAUUGACCUAUAAACCUUUCAAGGAGGAGGACAUAGGCAAGAGUUUUGACGAGACACAGACAUUACCGAAAGCUCCUGAAAAUACUCCUGCUGGUGGAGGUCUGCUUGUUGUCAUAGUCCAUGAAGCUCAAGAUGUUGAAGGAAAGUACCAUACUAAUCCUCAUGUUCGGCUUUUAUUCAGAGGAGAGGAGAAAAAGACUAAGCGUAUCAAAAAGAACAGAGAUCCAAGAUGGGAAGAUGAGUUCACAUUUAUGCUGGAUCACCCUCCCACUCAUGACAAAUUGCAUGUGGAGGUUGUUAGCACUUCUGCAAGAAACCUGCUCCAUCAAAAGGAAUCACUGGGAUAUGUUGAAAUCAAUCUUGGAGAUGUUGUUUCUAACAAAAGAAUCAAUGAGAAGUUCCAUCUCAUAGACUCCAAGAAUGGUCGCAUUCAGAUAGAGUUGCAGUGGAGAACUUCAUAGUCCAACACACACGCCAUCAAAAAACUUGUCUGAGCUUGCAUUUUCAUUUUUUUAAUUGUUUUUAAGGAAGAGGUGAGAAGCAUUUCUUGUAUUUCUUCUCAUGAGGUACAUUGGUUUAUUUGGUCAUCAUGUACAUGCUUGUAAUAAAAGAAAUACAAAUCUAAAAUAGUAAAAGCAUAUAAUAUGAUUUGGUUUGAAACUUGGAUAGAGAUUAUUAUAUAUAUGAUCAUGACAUUGUGGUUAGAAUUGUGAUGAUGAACCAUUUUGCAGCUUCAA